CUACGUUAAAAAUGCUAACGAAUAAUCCAGAGAAAAACAUGAAAUUGAAAGUUAUAAUAUCUUAAAUAUUGCUAAACAGUUUACAUGUUUACAAAUUGUUUCUUUCACACAGAAAGUGCUUAUUUCACACUAUUAUUUAUGCAAUUUGAAGUAGUUUAUGGUGUCAUAAUUCAAUAUGUUUAAGAGCAAAAAGGAUGUUGAGCGGCAUGUUUCGGAUGUCUUAAGUAAGAUAGACAAUGAAAAUGAAAAAAAUUUACGUGGCUAUACCUUUGCUCGGUUGUAUUUUCAAGUUAAAGAUUAUGAUAAUGCAAGAAAAUACUUGACCGGAUUUUUGAGUGUACGUGAUCAUCAUGCUGCUUCUCAUAAACUAAUGGCUCAAAUUUAUGAAGCAACAAAUGAUCUUGAAAAUGCUUUGCAAUCCUAUAAAAGGUCUUUAGAAAUUGAUCCUCAUCAGAAUGAUAUUGUACUUAAAAUUUGUGAAUUGUACUGUCAGCAUUCUGUAGAUCAUGAAACUGCUAGGUACUGGGCAGACAGAGCCGAACAGUUGUUCCCACAUAAUGCUACUGUUUUUAAAUUAAGGGAAUGUUUGGUGUCGGCUGAGGGUGAACCUGACAGGCAAGAACUUGAAAAUUUAAUUGCCACAGAACUGGCUGCUCAACCAAAAAAUGUCAACCUCAGAAUCAAGCUUUUGCGAUUAUACUUGGAUACAGAAAGAGUCAAAGAGGCUUAUGAUCAUGCUACUCUAAUUGAAGGGAAAAAAUUAUUCAUGUACAGCAAGGAUUGGUAUUACUUGUUGGGAGACCUAUUUGAAGCAUAUCAAGAAGAAUUUACUCAGGAAUUGGAUUGCCAGUUUUACAUGAAUUAUGUAACUGCUUUGGAUCGUUUGAUUUUCUUAACUUUGGUUGAACCACAUGCUGUCACAUUUGAAGAUGGGUGGAAAAGUUCCAGUGUCGAUGAUACUGCUGCUGCUUUACUGACAUUUGACCAGUUAUUGAAAAAAGCUUCAGAAAUAGAUUCUAAAGAUGGUUCUUGGAAUUACUUUGUAAAUCAUAUGAAAGGUCAAUUAUAUUUCUACAUGACUAGCCUUUUGUUGAAACGUGCUAAACAGGAUCAAGGAAACUGCAAAGAAGCUAUUAGAUUAAGUGGUGGUUUAGCUCUUGUGUGCUACACAUUCAAGCCUGUAAACUUAUUACAAGAAAUAUGGUUCUCACAAAUGGAAGAUAACCAAAAGUUAUUCACUACAUUUUUUCAACAGGCUACUUUAAGAACUAGCAAUAUAGCUCAUGUAAUUAUGAACAUGUGCAAGGAAGAUAAAAGUUCCUGGCUACAAAAAAAUAAAAAGGAAGUCUGCAUUUCUCAGGUGAAAGAAAGGAUAUAUAGCAGAAUAUUUAGCUCGGUGGUCCAGAAAGAGAAAGUAUUAUCAUCCUGUUUUAUUUUGGACUCUACAUUUGAGCGAUGUAGCUUGGAAUUUCCUUCUGAAUCUGCAUUAAAGGAAUAUGAUAAGUCUGUUUACAAGUUGUGUCCUUCUUCUCUACAUCAUUUAGUAUGGCUAGAAUUAAAUAAAAGAGACAACAAAGAUGACAUUGAGGAUAGUUUAUCUGAGGUUUUCAAAAAUCUGCAAUAUGGGAAUAAAAAUUUGUCUAAAGGAAGCUGUGAGUCACUGUGUGUCUUGGAUCUGGAGGCUUUCCUUUGUGCUUCUAUUUUGCAAGCACGCUAUUUACUUGCAGAAAAGAAAGGCUUGCUUAGUUCUCGCACUCAAGAACUGCAAUUUUUGUAUCCUCCAGAUAUUGCAGACUCCUUGUGUUCAAAACAGCAAAUGGCAUGGUGGAAAUCAGCUUAUGGAUUAAAUGCUUGUUUAAUUAAAGAAAAAUUAGGUGAACAUAGACUGAAACUACAGCAGGGAUUAGAAGUUAUUAGAGGCAUUGGAAAUCAUGGAAUGGAUGUUCGGCUUGUUAUUCAUCUAGCCCAAGUAUUUUCCAAGAAAGCGGAUAUGUUAACAAAGACUUUGGAUAAAGUAGGUUCAAAGUUGAAAUCAAACAUUGUUCCUGAAAAAGUUGAUGCUUUACAUGUACGAGCUGUUCACUACUGGAACAUUGCCUUAGGUAUUUUGGACAAAUUAGCAACUGGACAAAAUCCUAGAGUUUCCAAAGAUCCAAUGUUCGUCAUUGGAUCCGAAAAAAUGUUGCUAUCAAAUCAUGAGAUAAAAGCUUUCCAAGAAGAAGGUCUACUAUUUUUAGCUGUUCGCUUCAUGGAUACUGAUAAGUUGGAUGAAGCUGCUAAAAUUCUCUCAAAACUGUCAAGUCCUUAUGGAUCAUUUUAUCUUGCAUUGACUAUGAAAAAAUUAGCUUCACUAGAAUCAAAGAAUCCCUCAGCAAGAAUUGCAUAUCUGAGCAAAGCCAAAUCAUCAUUACAUGAGACUAUGGAUCGUACUAAAGAUGACAGGAAUCAUCCUUUAAAUAAUGAAAUACAUAUUGUUCUUGAGGAAGUGGAAAAUGAACUUUCCCAUGAUCUUCAAAGGAGUCAUGAAAAUGAUUAUGAAGAAGCUGAUGAGGUUGAUUCGUAUAGCGAAUCGCAGAGUUCUUUUUAUAUCACUCCAAAUGAGAAAUUGUCUUCUUCUAGCACUCCUCGGCUUGCUGCUAAGUUCUUAAACAAUAGAUCAAAGCUCCUUGAUUCAUCAUUUGAUACUCCCCGACAUUUUGAGCCAAGUCCAGAAAGAUUAGAUGCACAAAUUAGAGCUUUAACUUUGAACCAAGAUUCAAUUGUUAAAUCCUUUAAUCAACAGCAGCAGGUUUUAAUCGAGACAAAUAAAGCUGUGGUUGAAUCACUAAAACAAAACACUGAUGUUCUAGAGCAGUUGAAAAAGGUAUUGGAAGAAUUAAGUUUGGGGUCUUUAAAACAACAAGCAAAACCUGUACAUAAAAAAUCUUACAUGAAAGGUCAAGGUGAUGCAGAGGAUUAUGAUUAUGAGUAUUUUUAUCCAGAAGAACCUGAGGAAUUUCAAGCAUCUGGCUAUAACUAUGAUCAUGCCUCUCGUAUUGUUCAUGAUCCAACUGGAGCUACUGCACCUUUAAACUAUGUCGUACCUACUGCUGCUCUUCCACCUGGACCACCACCUGCUUUGAAUCACUACAAUUACCAAUAUCCACCACAUGCUGUCUUGCCUCCUCCCUCUGCUCCUACUGUUGCAGAGAGGUCAUCAUAUUAUCAUUCUCAUGGACAGGGUUUGCCUUUUAGUGAAGGACAACAACUCCCACAGUUUCAUUUUCAUGUUGCAUCAUCUGUUGUCAAACCACCGCCUCCUGUUAUGAGUAAUAUUGCUAGUGUUCCUCCUCCAGUGUCUGCUGUGCCAUUGCCCCCAGUGAGCUUACCUCCACCUCAAACUGUGAUUCCCCCAGCUGGUGUUUCCUUGCCUGUUCAUAGCCCCUGGACCAAAACAGUCAGUGCACCCCAUGCUUUUCAAAUUCCUUUGCCUACUGGUAUUCCUUUUGCAUCUGUUAGCAAUGUAGUUUCAGCAGUUUCAACUCCAUCAACUUUGGUAAAAACUACCACUGUGGCUACAGUAACAACAGACUCAAAACUUAAAAAUUUAUUGCAAUCUCCACCAUCAGUUUCUCUUCCUUUGGGAACAACACUGUCAUCAACACCAACCAGCCAUUUUGCAAAUGGUAGCUCAUCAAUAUUUUCCGGCUUAGUCAAAACCCCGGAAAAUUCAAACCUUGAGCGAUCACGAUGUGAUAGUGAAGUGACGGAGAGUCCCGAUGUAGAUGUUGAAAGAGAAGUUAUGGGGGAUUUCAAACCUUUAAUCCCUUUGCCAGAAGAAAUUGUUGUGGAAACUGGUGAAGAGAAUGAAGUGGUUAUGUUUGAAGACAGAGCAAAAUUGUACAGAUUUGUUGAUCAAGAAUGGAAAGAACGUGGUGUGGGAACUGUAAAAAUAUUACACCACGAAGGAAGUGGAAGAGUUCGGCUGCUAAUGAGAAGAGAUCAAGUUCUUAAAGUGUGUGCGAAUCAUUACAUUACUGCUGAUAUGGAAAUUAAUUCUCUGAAAAAUUCUGAUAAAGCAUGGACUUGGCUUGCACAAGAUUUUGCAGAUGAAGAACUUAAACCGGAACAUUUUUGUAUUCGUUUCAAAACUUCUGAAUUGGCUGCUACUUUCAAAUUUGCGUUUGAAAAAGCUGUUAAUUUAGCAAAAGAAGUUGAAAAUCAGAAAACACCUAAAACAUCAACUGUCACUAAUGUAGUUACUUCUUCUAAUUCUCAUAUUGGAUUUGGAUCAAAGUUCUUGCCCAAGGCUGGUUCAUGGACAUGCCCAACAUGUUAUGUCAGUAACAAUGCUGAUAAGUUACUAUGUGCUGCUUGUGAAACAAAGAAACCUGGCUCUGAGAUCAUUCCUGUUUCUUCUUCUGCAGCUGUCUCAACCAUAAGUACUGUAUCAAAUAGUUGGGAAACAACACCCAGUAAAACUGAAUUUUCUUUUGGUGGUGUACAACUGUCUUGUGAUAAUAGUCAAACUGUUACAAAACCAAUUGCUGUUUCAACAAAUGCUUCAAUGAGCAUUUUGGGAGGUUUUACUUUUACUACUCACACUCCCAAAGUGUUAGUUCCGGAAGUAGAUGAUUCAAAUCCAAAAGACAGAGAAAUAUUAGUAGUUUCAACUAAAUCUAAAAAUGGACCUGAAGUUACUAAAAUAAAUGCUUCUAAAUCUAGUCCUUUUACAGGAUUUACUUUCAAAUCUCCUGUCAUCACAACUACAGCCACAUCAAGUCAGUUUACACCUUUCUCAUUUACCUCACUUUCAACAGUCACUACUCCAAGUCAAAUAAAUACUACACCAACUACAUCAGUCAGUGAAAUUUCUAAAAUGCAGAACCUGGUGCAAAAUAUAGUCCCAGAAACUGGGUUUGAUAGCAAAUCCACUGUACAAACUUCUAGUAUCUUAAAAAAGCCAUCAGAAUCUAAAAAUGCUGCAACAGGGUCUCCUUUGACAGUUCAGCUGACUUCAGAAGGACGAAGAGUUUCUUUUGAUGGUGCAGUAGAAACUGCUCCAGAAGAUUUUAUUCCAACAGCUGAAUUUAAACCUGUUGUUCCUUUACCAGCUUUAGUUGAUGUUAAAACAGGCGAAGAAGAAGAUGAAAAAUUAUUUUCUGAAAGAGCGAAAUUGUAUCGUUUUGAUAGUGAAACUAAAGAAUGGAAAGAGCGAGGAAUAGGAGAGAUUAAAAUACUUUAUUUGAAGGAUAAUAAAAAAUACAGAAUUUUAAUGCGCAGGGAGCAAGUUUUAAAGAUUUGUGCUAAUCAUUAUAUCUUACCUGAUAUUAAAUUGACACCUUUAUCAAACAGUGAUAGGUCUUGGACUUGGUUUGCUCAAGAUUUUUCUGAUGGAGAUUUGAAAAAAGAGAAAUUUGCUGCUAAAUUCAAAAGUGCAGACAUAGCUACAGAGUUUUAUAAUGUGUUUACAAGGUGUCAAUCUGAGCUUCAAACUGCUACAGAAAACAAACAGGAAAUGCAAUCGGAUCUGUGUAAAGGAAAUAAAGCUGCAUUUGAUGAUUUAUUUAAACCUGUUCAGAAUUCUUGGGAGUGUUCCAAAUGUUGUAAAUCUAAUAUGAAUUUGUCCUCUUGUGUAUAUUGUAAAACCCCUAAGCCAAUUUCCAGUUCUAUGGAAGCAAAACAAAUAACUGAACAACAACAGUCACUAUCUGAAAUGUUUAAGCCUGAGAUUGGCUCUUGGGAGUGCAAAGCUUGCUAUGUGAGAAACAAAUCUUCUAAUAAAAAAUGUGAAUGUUGUGAAUUACCAAGAGUUGAGCCAACAGUAUCACAAACAGGUCUAAAAGCAAGCUUUUCCACAACUCAAACACAGCAAGAGCAGAAACCAUUAUCUGAACUCUUUAAGCCUGAAACAGGUUCUUGGGAAUGUAAAAUGUGUUAUGUCAGAAAUAAAUCAUCUGAUGAAAAAUGUUUAUCUUGUGAAUUUCCAAAACCUGCUUCUGCAACAACCAAAGUGAAUGAUUCUGCUAAUACUUUCCAGGGAUCAGGUGCGGAUAAAACAUUUCAACCCAAUGUGUCAACAACUACAACCUCCUCAUCUUCUGUUUCAAACUCUGCAUUUGCUUUUCAGAUGCCAAAAACAAACAGUCAGUUUGUUUUUGGUAUGAAACCUACUGCUCCAUCUUCAACAUUUUCUUUUGGUCUUUCUACGGUAUCUAGUAAAGAAGAUCAGACUUUUGGAUUUAAACCUACUCUUACAACUAGUAAUGCACCUACUAUAUUUGGUGGAGUAGCACCAAAAACUGAUAGUCAAUCAAAAACUUCUAUUCCACUUCCAGUAGUGACAGCAGCCCCAACUUAUGUGUUUGGAAAUUCAAACUCUGUGCAAUCUUCCCCAUUUAGUUUUGGCUCUGAAACCCAGCAAUCGGAUUCUGGACCGGUGGAGUUUCGUUUUGGUAGUCCUCAAAAGUAUGAAUUCAAUUUUAGUGGGGUUAGACCUCGUAGCCCAGUAAAGACACCCAAAUCGCCCAGAUCACCAGCUACUCCUUCUGAUAUUGAUGAAGAUGAAACAGAAUUGUCUGAUGCAGAUAUCUAUUUCCAACCUGCCAUUCCUUUGCCACCUAAGGUGGAUGUAAAAACUGGUGAAGAAGAUGAAAAAGUAUUGUUCUGCCAACGAGCCAAAUUGUUCCGAUUUUCUGCGAAAGAGUGGAAAGAGAGAGGAAUUGGCGAUUUAAAAAUUCUUUUUGACCACUUGAAUAAUAAAGUGCGUCUAUUGAUGCGUCGAGACCAGGUACUUAAAGUGUGUUUAAACCAUUAUUUAACCAAAGAUUUGGAAUUUGAAUGGCGUGGAGAAAAGUCACUGACAUGGGCUGCAACAGAUUUUUCUGAAAGUGAACCAUCCCCUGAACUCUUUGCUGCAAGAUUUAAGACCACUGAAAUAGCUGAGCUUUUCAAGCAAAACAUUGAUGCUGCAUUAGGUUUGAUUUCCGAGAAAGGGCAACUAUCUAAGGAGGCUGUAAACAGGAUUGCUUCAAGUUUUUCUUUUAAGGAUGAUUCUCCAGUCAAGGCAGAAUCAGAAUUCAACUCUGGAAUGCUUUCUGCACGCUUUAAUAGUUCUGCAUCUGAAAACCAAGGUCUUGCUAAUGCUUCGGCUGCUUCAGGUCCAGUGUUUUCAUUUUCAAAAGACAAAUCUCCCUCAAGAUCAUUCUUCAGUACUAAUUUUGAAACAAACAAUGAGCAGACAAUUUUUAGUGGCUCUGGCUUUCAAUUUGGAACACAAGAUAAAGAAAAUGAUGAUGAUGAAAUUGAAAUUAUCUAUCAAGCAUCACCACCUGCUGACAAAGUAGCAUUGGCAAGAAAGUUUAAACUACCUGAUACUUUCUUUUUAUAUGAAAACAAAGCAGACUGCCCUGGUUGUAUAGGCUGUGAUGAUAGUACGUCACAAUCAAAAGCUUCUCCUGACAAGAAACAAUCAUCUUCUGAAACAGCUGCUGUAUCCAUUCCUGAAAAGAUUGAUUCAGUACCAGUAUCUAGUGAAUCGGAAGAUCCCAUGUUUAAGUUGUCUAAGAACGUUGUGUCUUUUGCUGAUUUAGCUCUUACUUCUACUGAUAAUGCGCUUAGUAGCUCAAGUUCAAAAAUGAAUGCUUUUGAAGGAGCAGGAACGCCUUUAUUUUCAAACCUUAAUACAUCAACAGAAGCUGAUGGAGAUGACGACACUGUAGCACAAGGUCCCGACAUUCAUUUUGAGCCUGUGAUUCCUUUACCUGAACUGAUUACUGUCAAAACCGGUGAAGAAGAUGAGACCCCAGUUUUUGUCAACCGUGCCAAAUUGUUUAAAUUUGAUUCAAGUUUAAAACAGUGGAAGGAAAGAGGAAUUGGAGAUUUAAAAAUUUUAAAACAUAAUGAAAACUUGAAAUACCGCAUCAUUCUCAGAAGAGAUCAAGUGCACAAAAUAGCUUGUAAUCAUUUCAUCACUCCAGGAAUGGAAUUAUCUCCAAUGUCAACAAGUGAAACUGCAGUGUGUUGGAAUGCUAUAGAUUAUUCUGACAAUCAACCAGACCCCUCGAAGUUUGCUGCUCGCUUCAAAAAUAAAGAACUUUUAGAAAAAUUCAAGGCAACGUUUCAUGACUGUGUCAGUAACCUUUCAACUGUUAGCCAAUCUGUUGACGAAGUCAAAAAUCCUACUGAUGCGCCUGUUCUAAAUCAAGUAAAUGAUUCACACGGGGAAUCUGAGCAACAGGACCCCAUUGAAACGAGUGAAAAAUCUGAAAAUGUCAAUGCUGAGUCCGAAUCAAAUGCUGAUGCAAACUCCGAUGAUAGUGAAGAAUAUGAUAUAGUAUUUGAGAAAAGGGUGACUUUUGAAGUGUAUGAUGAAAAGAGUAAACAAUUUAAGGUUUUGGGUCCUGGAACCUUGCAAAUUUUAUAUGAUGAUACAAUCUUCGGAUACAAAAUUUUAAUGACAGAUUACAAAGAUGUUAUUUUGGGCGAACAUGUGAUUGCUAUUCAGACAUGCUUAAGGACUGAAAAGAAUAAAGGUAUCUGGGCAGCUAUUGAUCUGAGUCUAGACCCACCUAAAAAGCGGCAGUUCCGUGCUUCUUUUAGUUCAAAUGAAUCUUUACAAGAAUUCAAGAAAUAUUUCCAAGAAGGAAAGGAAAUGGCUGUUAGUUCUGAAAUUGUUGAAAAAACAGAUAUUUUUCUUUCCGGGGCAACUGCCUGAAAAUGUAACUCCUUGCCUUACUGAAUUAAGUUGAAUCUUUCAAGAAAUAAAGAGAAAACUUCCGACAUUGUGAUAAGUUCAUGUUGCAUGUAUUAUUCGAGUUCAUCAGAGAAAUAUUAUGUAGCCAUUUUAAAAGAAGACAAUUUUGUUUAAAAUGUUAUGAAUCAUUUUUCGUGUUGAUUGUGAAGUUUAGCUUUAUGUCUAUAAUGUUUUAUCUCAAAAUCACAAUUCUAAAUUUUUUUGUUCAUGUUCUUGUCUAAGUGCAUGAAAUAAUGUACUUUUCAUCCAUUAAAGUUUCAAUUAUUUUUAU